AAGUCGAUGAGUAAAAGCAUCGUGACAUUAGUGUAUGUACAAGGCAGCGAUCAUGUAAUUUUUUCUUCGAAUUGAGACUUUACAAAAUAUAAUACAAAUCACAAAUACAAUCAUAGUGUACAAUCAAGCCGUUGAACGAUGUCCGAUCUUCGACUUUCAGUUUCAAUAAUUUCUCUUUGAUAACCUGAUACCAGAUUAACGCCGCUUCUAAGUGGAAUAUUCUGUUGGAUAGCUCUCUUCGCUUGCACUUUUUAGAACUUUUAAUUGAGAGAAAAUGGAUAUAUAGUAGAGUGAGUAAACAAAGAACCUAAGUGUAGAAAGUGCAAAUAAAACGGAAAGGCCUUUCUUAACUAAAACAGGAAACCAAAUAAAGAUUAUUUCAGAGAUGAUUAUAUCAGAAUAAUAUGCAAUAUUUAAUAUUAAUGAGAAGGCUACUACAAUAUUAAAAUAUUGGAAUCAAAAAAGAAGUAAAUUAAAACAAAUAAUAUAAUAUUACAAUAUAAAAGAGGACACAUGUAUCCAGUAAUUAAAUACAAAGUAUUACAUAUAUGCUAGUGUGUUGAUCCUUUAUUCUAUACAAAGGUAUAUUAGAGAAACAAAAAAAGAGAGAAGAUAUUAUUAAUCAACUAUAUUCUGUGGAUUACAAAGCCAAUGAUGUUUUCUUCAGGCCUUAAUUGUAAUCUGUCUUUCCCCAGUUGUUUGGGUUAUCCACAAGAUAGUGAGGAAUUGAUUCCAAAAAUGGCACGUGAGCCAAUCAUUCUUAAUGUUUAUGAUAUGUAUUGGAUAAAUGAAUAUACUACACCUAUCGGUCUUGGUGUGUUUCAUUCAGGAGUGGAAAUAUAUGGAACAGAAUAUGCAUAUGGGGGUCAUGCUCAACCAAGAAGUGGCAUUUUUGAAAUCACACCAAGAGUAGCCGAAGAAUUAGGCGAACAAUUUAGAUAUAGACAAUCGGUUCACAUUGGAUAUACAGACUUCACAGAAGAAGAUGUUUCAAGAAUUAUUACAGAGUUAGGCAAAGAUUUUAGAGGGGAUCGUUAUCACUUGAUGAAUAAAAACUGUAAUCACUUCAGCAGUCAGUUCACAUUGAUUCUAUGUGGACAAGAAAUACCUGGUUGGGUAAAUCGUCUAGCAUAUUUUAGUUCAUGUGUACCAUUUCUCCAACGUUGUUUACCAAAGGAAUGGCUAACGCCUGAUGCUUUGCAACACUCUCUUAGUCAAAUUAGUCAUCAUGAAAGUACACCACCAUCGGAUACUUCAUUGUAACAUUUAAUUAACGUUAAAAUGCACGGUCUAAAAUACCGUAGAAGUUAUACAUUCUAGGUAAAAUUAAACAUGAUGAAAAAAAAUGUUAA